AUGAGGUAUCAAUUUUUAAUAUUCAAGCAAAACCAAGCGGUCGUGGAGCAGGAAAUCAAAACUCUAAUUGCGGAUAAUCACAAACUUUCUCAACAAGUCGGUGUUCUAUUGAAGGAGAAACUUCAAAACGCAAGGCACGACGACAACUUUGACAAGGAACUCGAGGAAUUGCGGAAACAAGUGGCCUUACUUACUAAGGAAAGGGACUCUUUACACGUGUUGUGGCAGACUUCGCAGAAAACGAUCGACGCUCUAGAUAAAGAGUUGAAAACGUACCAAGUUUACGACUAUAGAAGGAAUAAAGAGACUACUGAAGGGGAGAGAAGAAAUUUAGAACUCAAACUCGAAACGUCUAUUAACGAUUACGUCGAGUUGGAGAAUAAAUAUGGAAAACUAGAAAGGGAAUACGAAAAUGCACUGGCCGAAUUGAAAAGUAGACAAAGAGAAAUACAAACAUACAAAGAGAGAGGCAAAGAUUUAGAAAUGAAACUAGAAACCCUGCAGAAAGAUUUGGAGGAAUAUAAAGUGAAUCUGGCUGCAGAGAAAAAAAGCUCUGAAGAUAUAAGGCAGCAACUAAUAUCGUGUCAAAGAGAAAGUGUCGUUAAGGUGAAAAGAGAAGUAGAAGCGAAAUCAAAGGUUGCAGAAGCGCUUCAACUCUUCGAUAUGGUGUCUGCACAGAAGAAUGAAGCUUUGCGAAAAAUAUCGGAACUGACAGAAGUGAUAUCGCAACUGAAGGGAACACAGUCAGGCGUUAGGCAGGAAAUGGAGAGAAACUUCAAAGCAGAGAUGGACGAAGUGAGAGGGAAGUACAACGAGAAGGUGACAGAUAUGCUUGAGCAUAUAAGGAAUCUGGACGCAGAAUUAGUGGAAAAAGGCAUGCUGCUGAAUAAAACGCUGAGGGAGAACAAAGUUCUGCAGGAAGCGAACGAGAUCUACGCAAAACAGCAAACAGAAAGGCUAAAUUCGACGGAUCCAAAACUCGCAGUGGCCGAACAAAGACUGGAAGCAAUGUUCCAGGAAUUGGUCGCUUCCGAACGCCGCAACAUCCAACUGGUAUGCGAGAAACAGAGUCUAGCCAUAGACAUCCAGAGGACACAAGACCUGCACAGCAGGGAGGCCAAACGGAGGGACUGGGAGGAGGGUCUGCUGAAAACGCAACGCGACGAACUGAAACUCCAGGUGGACCACUUACAGAAAUCGUUGAAGGAAACCCACACGAUGGUGACGAGACUGCAGACUAUGCUCUCAUCGAGAACGGAACUCAGCCACAAAAUGGUGUCAACAAAAGAGGAGGAGUUAUCAGAGCUCAACAAACAUUUGGAGAGCCAAAUGGAACUUAAUAGAAAGUGGAAAGAGUCCUAUGUGGACAUGACGGUCAAAUUGAAAAAGAACCUGGACGCAUUAUACAAAGAGAACAGCGAAUUGAGGUCCAGAUUGAACCUACCUAAGGUCGAUUCGUCAAGAUGUGAUCAAGUCAGUUCUAGUAGC